AUGGGCCAACCUUCACUCAACCCCGUAGCUUCCUGCUACAACCCAAACGGAUGGCAGCCACCGCGAGGAAGGCGUGAGACUCAGGGGUGCGAUCCCUUCUUCAAAAGUGCACAAUGGUCAGCGGACGGCACAACCCUCUUCACAUCAUCGUCUUCAAACCGCAUAUGCACCUUUGUCCUGCCCGAGAAUCUCCUCGAGCCGCGACAAGGUCCGAUCACCCUUGACGUACACGGUACCCUCGUGCUCCCUGAGCCGACCAGUGCUAUAGCCCCAUGUCCCUACUUUGCCCUCGAACACCCCUCCACCCAAGUUCUCCUGACGGCCAGCACCGACCACCCCAUCCAUCUCCACCAUGCCUUUCCCCCUAGGCCAGCAUCAGCUUCAUCGUCACUAUCCUCUCCACCGUCUCCCUUUGCAACCACAACACCCGAUGAAGACGACAACGACGGCCAAGAAGAUGCCCCGACCGAACACCAACCCAAACUGCUCGCCUCCUUCCACCUCAUCAAACAAGAAACCGAAGCCUACCUGCCCGUGACUUCCCUGAUCUGGCCGCGCCCGGGCACGCACUUUAUCGCCGGCACCGCCAACCUGCUGGCCGUGUACGAUGUCUCGCGGCCCGCCUCGACGCCCCUGCUCUCUGUCCCGACCAUCCCCUCCACGCGCCACCUCGCCAAGGGCGGUGGGGUCGGCAUGCGCGGGACUGUCGCUGCGCUCGCCGCCGCCUCCCAGCCGGACGGAUUGGGAUGGGGCGUCGUCGCCGCGGGCACGUGGACAAGGAACCUGGGCCUGUACGACCUCGCCCGUGCCGGGAGCGGCGCUUGUAUCGCCACCUGGAGCGUUGCCCCCGCCGCGAAAGAGGCCGGCGUGGGGGGCAGGGGCGUGGUUCAGACGGUGUGGUCGCCCUGUGGGAGAUACUUGCUCAUCAAUGAGCGCGGAGCCAACGGGUUGUUGGUGUACGACGUGAGGGGAAGACAUCGAUUGCUGGCUUGUUUGGAGGGGAGAAGCGGGGAGACAAAUCAGCGAUUGAGUUGUGACGUGUUCCGUGGGAGUGAAGAGACCGGUGGGUUUGAGGUGUGGGCAGGGACCAAGGAUGGAGGAGUUGUCUUGUGGGAGGGGGUUGGGAAUUGUGACGGCGGUGUCGCUCCGUCCUGGGAGUGGAAGGUGCAUGGCUCGGCCGUGGGGAGCACGGCAAUGCAUAUGAGUGGAUCGGUGGUAGCGACGUGCUCUGGGUCGUGGAAAAUCGCAGAUGAGGACUAUUACAGCUCCGACAUCUCGGGCAGUUCCGACAGCUCGGAUGAGUCUGACUCUGAUGAGGCCAGUGGGUUGCGGAGCAAGCCAAAGCCCCGGAUUGUCGUUCAGGAGACAAGCCUCAAGGUUUGGAGCAUAGGACCAAGCGAUUCACCUCAGGUUGAAAGACGAGCCCCGGACGAACAGGAAUCUGAGCCUUGA